CGACGGUAGGGGAAACUUGGGUAUAUUCCUUUGAGACUGGAGAAGAAAAUUGUUGGAGGCGCGAAUAGUUGAGAAUUUGUGUUGGAGAAGGUCUGAUAUCAUCAUCCAAAAUCCAAAUCUAAUCAAAUAAACCAUCAGCUGACACAAAGCACAGCCAUGUUCACCUCCACCUCCACCACCACCGCCGCCGCCGCAACGGCACAACUGAUCCCAUCCCUCCCAGACGACGUCGCUUUGAACUGCAUAGCCCGAGUCCCCCGCUGGUACCACCCGACUCUGUCGAUAGUGUCGAGACCCAUCCGCUCCCUCCUCUCAUCCCCACUCUUCUUCACCACCCGCUCCCUCCUCAAUUCGACCCAACAUGUCCUCUACCUCACCCUCCGCUCACACCAUAACCCCUCCGCCUGGUUCACACUCUACCAAAACCCCAACCCCACCGACCUUCCUCCUCUUCUCAUCCCCGUUCCACCCAUCCCCGCCCCAUCACUCGGCGCCGCCUACGCCGUGCUGGGCUCCACCAUCUACGUCCUCGGCGGCUCAGUCAACGACGUCCCCUCCUCCCACGUGUGGCUCCUCGACUGCCGCUUUCACACCUGGCAAACGGGUCCCCCUAUGCGGGUGGCGCGCGAGUUCGCCGCCGCGGGUGUUGUGGACGGAAGGGUCUACGUCAUCGGCGGCUGCCUUGUGGACUCGUGGGCGCGGACCGAGCACUGGGCGGAGGUUCUAGACCCAGAGAAGGGCCGCUGGGAGGCGGUGCCGAGUUCUGCAAUUGAGGUCCGUGGCAAGUGGAUGCACGCGAGUGCCGUGAUCGGCGGCCGCGUGUAUGCCAUGGCAGACCGGGGCGGGGUAGUUUUCGAUCCAAAAACUGGGGUUUGGGAAGGAGUUGAGAAAAGGCUUGAUUUGGGGUGGAGAGGGAGGGCUUGUGUGGUCCAUGGGAUUCUAUACUGCUAUGACUAUUUGGGGAAAAUCAGAGGGUUUGAUGUGAAUAAGAGGGCUUGGAAGGAGCUCAAGGGUGUGGAGAAGGGGCUGCCCAAGUUUUUGUGCGGUGCUACGAUGGCGAAUGUGGGAGAGAAAUUGGUUGUGUUGUGGGAAGAGGGAAAUGGCAAAGAAAUUGAGAUUUGGUGUGCUGAAAUUGAGGUGGAGGGAAGGGGAGAUGAAGGAGAGCUGUGGGGAAAGAUUGGUUGGUCCCAUAAGCUUCUUUCAGUUCCGAAAGGCUCUUCCAUAGUCAACUGCUUGGCAGUUUCCUUGUGAUUCUUGUUCGUUCCAUUGCAUUGUAUAAUAUGAUUGUAAGCUUUACUGGUCGCCGAAAUUCUUUCUCAGCAAGGGAGCACCAAGGGAAACUUCAAAUUGAUACCCAUUCUUCUCGCAGAAAGCUUUUAUGUAUUGGGGAGGACUACUGCAAACUGCAAAGGUCCUAAUAAAAGAACCUUUGAGUUAGGUCAGGUGACACACUCAACUGCUUCAGUGAUUGGUAAUGAUUGAGUUUUAAUAUAUCUCCCUGUAUGCGCUACCCGUGUAAUUUAUUUUGGUUUGUAUAUGGCAUUAUGUUGAAUAAAUAAGCAAUAUAUAAGCAAGUGGUUCUACUUAAGGACAAGAAAAGCAUUUUUACCCGUUGAGAAGAUGAUGAUGAAUUGCUAGACAACCAUGCAAUUGAUGUUAAGUUAUGAUUUCUUUGUAGCUUUUUAGAGACACAAGUAUCUUUUAUGUUAUAUGUAUUCAAUUGUUCAGUUCAUAAAUCAUCUAAUUUCCUUUUCUUUUAUACAAAGCCAUAAUAGUAGUUUGGUUGGUGCAUUGCAAGGAAAAUUUAAAAAUCUCGAUAAAAUGUCAAUGACUUCUCUAUUGUAUAAAGACGAGAUCUUGAUCAUAGAUUGAGAACAUGUGAGUCGUAAUCGAUCUUUCAACUGUUGUGUACUCUGAAAAAGGCAUUACAUAGGCAAUAAGUAAGCAAUACAUAGGCACUAGGUGCAGAACAUAGACCUCAUAUCGAAAUUAGUAUUUGCCUUACAUAUGUCACCCAGGGCAUUACACGGUGGCACAGGAUUCCAAAACACAUGAACUUCAAACAUUUCUGGCAAGGUAAUGAGUGAGUCUGUGAUAAAAGUGUUGAAAUUCGCCUUGAUCCUCUAUGUACCAUUAUCUGGGUAUGGCUUUGCUUCUGUGACUAUGACUGCAACUGGAAUGCACGUAUAUUUUAUAUGUGCAGGACUUUGCCAGUGAUGUUUGGAGAGUGCAUGCAUAAUGCUAUUGCUCUGCGGCUGUGCCAGGAAACUUGCAAAAGUUUUGCUUGUUUAGCACAGAGCUUAAAGCAAGACUAGAGAGGUAUCAGAGGCAAGUGUGGAAUGCAAAUUACAUUACAUUGGUGGUAUUUGGAAAGUUUAGAUAAAAGACGAGCAUUUGAAGACAAUGCUUCGAGGUCCUCGAGGAUUUCUGCCCCUGGAAGAGUGUUACGCCACUGGGUGAAAAGAACCAGACAGAUACUGCUAGUUUUACUCCCUGACUGCCUGCACUUACUACUCGUCGGUCUCUUCUUCCUGAUUUAUUUUCUUCUUUCAUACUUGCAUUCUUUGUUCGGAUGACACAAAUCAAUACAUAGUGGAUGAUGCCUACAAAUGUGAGAGAGAAAAAUGUAUCUCCUUAAAAUUUUACUAAUUAGUCUAGCUCAACUGUGAAAUUUUCUACUCGCAUGUCCCUGUACGGUCUUACACCUAUUUUUUCCAUCAAUGUGGCAUAGAUUUUUUUUCACUUUCUCAGUGCUUUCAAAGGCUGCAAGCUCAACUUGGAUGAUGAAAUUAUGAUUUCUAGACAUCUAUAAAGUUGUAAUUUUUAUA